AUGGCGUCCACCCUACCCUCGCCCAGCAGGCUCAACCUCGCCUCCACACGCACUGUUCGGCUGCUCCUGUUCCCCAUUCCUAAACUCCCUCGCUCCCCCUCGCUAAUGAUAAGCAUAAGAACCCGCCACACCAGACCAACUAAAAACACCCCAGUCCACACCAGACCAACUAGGAACACCCCAGUCCACACCAGACCAACUAGGAACACCCCAGUCCACACCAGACCAACUAAAAACACCCCAGUCCACACCAGACCAACUAAAAACACCCCAGUCCACACCAGACCAACUAAAAACACCCCAGUCCACACCAGACCAACUAAAAACACCCCAGUCCACACCAGACCAACUAGGAACACCCCAGUCCACACCAGACCAACUAAAAACACCCCAGUCCACACCAGACCAACUAAAAACACCCCAGUCCACACCAGACCAACUAGGAACACCCAAGUCCACACCAGACCAACUAAAAACACCCCAGUCCACACCAGACCAACUAAGAACACCCCAGUCCACGCUAGACCAACCCAGACCAUCUUAGACCACCUCAAAACACCCCAGACUACCGCAGACACACAUAGACCACCCCAAACACCCCAGAUUACCACAGACACAUCCAGACCAUCCCAGGCCAACCCUAGUCCACCUCAAACCAAUCCCAGUCCACCCCAGUCCAUUCUAGUCCACUCAACCCCACCCCAGACCACACUAGUUUACUCCAGAGCACCCCAGUCCAAUCCAGAACACGCCAGAGCACCCCAGACCAUUCCAGACUACCACAGACACACCCAGACCAUCCCAAUCCACCCCAGACCACCCCAGAGCACCCCAGACCAUUCCAGGCUACCACAGACACACCCAGACCAUCCCAGUUCACCCCAGACCACCCCAGAACACCCCAGUCAAUCCCAGACCACGCUAGUUCACCCCAGACCAACCCAGUCCACCCUAGUCACUCCAGACCACACUAGUUCACCCCAGACCACUCCAGACUAA